AUGUCUACUGGAAUUCCCACACUUAUUCAGGAGGUGUAUCGCGGGAGCUCACUGACGGCGGAAACAGUGACUCUGGACCCUGAAGCCCCGCGGUCAAAGAAAAGUCAAAAUGAGGUGAUUGUCCGUGCAUUGGAUGGUUUUGUUUUCGUGAAGCAUAACAAGUUGGUCUAUCCCCGGUACCAAGACUCGACUCCUGAAUGGUGGGAAGACGUACAGGCCUACGGGUACGUGACAGCGCUUGUGGGCCAGUUCAAGUUCUUUGUCUGGGCGGGGUUUAUGGGCGAAGAUUACUCGGACAAACAUCUGGUAUUCAUGUGUAUAAAAGACAUUGUGGGGAUGGUGAAGGAAUCAAGCCCUCACUGGCGAUCUGGCUUCGAGGAGAUUCUGUGGCUGGAGUCAAAGGCCGGAUAUAGCUAUGCGCUGAUGGAGCCGGAUGCAAUCUAUGAUGAGGUCAGGUGGGCUGAAGUGAUUCAAAGCUGGACGAAUCUGCCGCCGCCUCUGAGCCAGGAGGACCCGACACUCCGCGAGGUGGACCGAGCCGGCCCACAGCCCGAGUGGUGGAAGGUCAGGGGCGGGAAGAGUACUUGGGAGUGGUUUACCAAAUCGAUCCGGGACGCAAAGGCAGGUGCGAAACGGAAAAUAAACCAAGAUAAGCAAACAUCCCGGAAGCGCAAGAAGGGAGGAAAGCAGGCCACGCCUUCCCCGUCUAAGAAGAGGGCAGUCAGCCAGGAUGUCGAGUACAGCCCUGGAAAAGGUGAUCAAACUGAUGAUGAUGAUGUAAUCUUCGAUCGCAGCAAGUUGCGACCGCGUAGAUCGUCGGUUCGGUUUGCGGAGAGCCUACCAAGGUCCGAUCCCCGGGAUGACGAGGCAGAGGGAGCCAAGGUGGAAGCGCAGGGAAGGGAGAAAGGGAAGGAGGUAAGUGAGGAUGAGGAGGACAGUGAUGAGGAGGAAGAAGGACAAGAAGAGGGGGAUGAGAAAGAGGACGAGGACGAGGAGGAAGCGGAAGACACAGAGAACGAGGAAGACAAGGAAGACGAGGAAGACGAGGAUAAAGGACGGGAGAGGGGGGAGAAGGAGGGCCAAGUUGUGGCCAUGGAGGUUGACGAGCCGGACGCUGAGGUGGAUGCUGAAGGGGAAGACGAAGGCGAAGACGUUGCCAUGUCAAGUCCGCCUGGCAAAGCUACUUCCUCCAAGAAAACUCCUGACCCGGAAGCAGCUUCUCCUUCACGUAAAGCAUUGCCUGCCCCCGCGCAAUUUGCGCGUACACCUACUCCGGGGCCCGAGCUCGCUCUUUCUCCUGUGACUCCCUCCGAUCCGGCGCCUUCCCCAGUCACUGCGCCUCCAGAAACUUUGGGGUCUACCCUCACUCCUGCUCCCACACUUCCCCUUGCUCCCGAUCCAGCUUCUCCUCCGGCUCUGGCUCCCCCUCCGGCUCCGGCUCCAACUCCGACUCCCGCCCCAGCCCCAACCCCUCCUCCAGCCCCGGCUCCUGCUCCUUCUCCUGCUCCUGCUCCUACUCCUGCUCCGGCUCCUGCUCCUGCUCCUGCUCCGGCUCCUGCUCCGGCUCCUGCUCCGGCUCCUGCUCCGGCUCCUGCUCCUGCUCCCGCUCCCGCUCCCGCUCCUGCUCCUGCUCCUGCUCCGGCUCCUGCUCCUUCUCCUGCUCCGGCUCCGGCUCCGGCUCCGGCUCCUGCUCCUGCUUCAGCUCCAGCUCCUGCACCGGCGCCUGCUCCGGCUCCUUCCCCUGCUCCUGGUCUGGCUCCUGGUCCUGGUCCUGGUCCUGGUCCUGGUCCUGCUUCGGCUCCAGCUCCUGCACCGGCGCCUGCGCCUGCCCCGCCAUCUCCCAUUCUUCCUGCAUCUCCCGCCGCUUCUGUGCCAGCCGGCACACCACCCCCAACCCCUCCCCCUGCGUCUACGAACGCCUCUGUGCCUGCGACUGUCACUUCAGUUUCAGCACCUAUUCCCCCUGCCGGCUCCUCGCUUGAUGCACAGUCAGUCCCAGAUACAUGUGAGUUCGAUAUGGACAAUACGACGGGAAGGCAGUAA